UUUUCAUUUGGUAUUAUGGUGCUCAUUCGUUGAAGAAUAGGACUAUUGUGAAUUUCGAUCGCUCGACGCAUUUACAAUAGAUAAUUUUUUCUCAGCUGAUACAGCAAAUCAAAAUAAAAGAAAACCCGAUUGUGUUGAAAUUCUUUGCUAACAUUAUUUUUAAAAGUUAAAAAAAGUAAUUUAUGUGAAAAUGAGUACAACGGAGUUGUGGUUCGACGAUUCAUCGGACGAUGAAAGAUUAGUGGAACUAGCUAGAAGUAGAAAACAGUUGAGGGACGCCUCCAACCCCCUAUAAAUGGCUUCCACUGAAUUUUUAAAGAAAUUUAGAUUAUCUAAAGAGGCGUUUGUGAACCUACUGUCCACUACAGAAAACCAGUUGCAGCAGUGCACCCGAGCCAAAUCGAUUCCUAAUAUUUUAAAGCUAGCCACAGUUCUGCGAUUUUGUGCUCAGGGAUCGUACCAAUUGAGUAUUGGUAAUGAAGGUAUGAUAGAACUUGCUCAACCCACUGUGUCUGUUGUGCUAUCAGAAAUAAUAGAUGUCCUGGAAAAUUAUAUUUGCCAAAGAUGGGUAAAAUUUAGUAGCACAGAGGCUGAUCUGCAACAAAGAAAAGCACAUUUUUAUAGCAAAUACCCAACGAUGAUGCUGAAGAUAUUGAAGUGGAGUCAAAUAACGGAGAAGCAGAAAACAUAAGAAAUGAAAUUCUUAGAAUAUUAUAAAAAAAUCUAAAAAGUAUUAAAUAGAAACCUUUA